AUGCGCCAGGAAGAGGCGGCGAAGCGAUGGGCGCCCCAGCGGCGCGCAAGCGGAGGUCCGGGUACUGUGCAGAACAUUACCUUCACGAACCCACGGGCAUCAGAGUUCUAUGUAGAUGGCGCGAACAUACCAUUGGUCGACUUCGACGUCGGGCCAAGCUGGGCUGGCUUGCUCCCGAUCAGUAACAAGGUGGACGAGACGAGACAGCUGUUCUUCUGGUUCUUUCCUCCCGGUCCAGAAGGGAGCCUCGACGACCUCAUAUUCUGGACCAACGGUGGCCCAGGAUGCUCGUCGCUCGAAGGAUCGCUGCAAGAGAACGGUCCGUUCAGUUGGUCGUGGGGACAAGCGAAGCCGACGCCGAACGAGUACAGCUGGACAAAUCUGUCAAGCAUUCUCUAUGUCGAACAGCCAGUGGGUACGGGCUUCUCGCAGGGUGUGCCCAACAUUCAGAACGAGGACCAGCUCGCAGAACAGCUCGUCGGGUUCUUACAGCAGUUCUUUGAGGUAUUCUCGGAAUUAAACGGGAAGAAUCUAUACCUCACGGGCGAGAGUUAUGCGGGAACAUACAUUCCUUACAUUGCCAACUAUCUUUACGAUAAUCCGUACCUGUUGGACCUCCCAUUAAAGGGAUUCUGGAUUUCCGAUCCAUCGAUAUCAUGGGACGUUGUCCAAGAAGAAAUACCCGCGGUUGACUUUGUGCACAAGUACUUGAACGUGUUCUCCUUGAACCAGACGUUCAUGGAAGAGCUUGACGCGACCGCUGCGGUAUGCAACUACACUGGCUAUUACGAGAAGUACGUCACCUACCCGCCAACCGGGCUCCUACCCUUGCCUGGCGACUCUGUCGAGUUUGCGGAUGGGUGUGAUGUAUGGGAUGCAAUCUUCAACGCGGCGCUACUCGUCAAUCCAGCGUUUGAUAUCUAUCGCAUAUUCGACACCUGGCCUAUCUUGUGGGACCCCCUCGGCUUCCCGGGCUCGUUCCCACAGACACAAGUCUCGCCGCUCUACUUCAACCGAGACGACGUCAAGGCGCAUAUUCACGCGCCGCUGGACGUCGACUGGACGGAGUGCUCGAACGUGAACGUGUUCCCGGACGGCGACGCAAGCCUGCCACCCGUGUUCACGGUGUUGCCGAGCGUCAUCGAGCGCAGCGAGCGCGCGGUAAUUGUGCAUGGCCUCGCGGACUUCAUCCUGAUUGCGGAAGGGACAAGGAUCGCCAUUCAAAACAUGACUUGGAAUGGAAUGCAAGGAUUUCAGACGCCAAUCCAAACCGACAGUUUCAUUGUCGAUGGCGUUGGGGCGCUCGGCACCACGCACACUGAGCGCGGCCUGACGUACUUUGAGGUCGAGCUCAGCGGACACAUGAUCCCUCAGUUCUCCCCGGUGUCUGCGUUCCAGAUCAUGCAGUAUUUGAUGGGCUUCAGGGAUACCCCGUGA